AAGUCCCUACGGAAUCACAACCUAUAACAACAACUGAUGAAAAAUCGACGGUAGUACUCAACGAAAGUAUCGAGACCAACAAAGUAGAGGCCGGACCAGUUUACCUUGAAAAUUUUCCGCCAAAAGCAAUAAAGGAAAAGAAUUUUACGGAAUCAGAAAAUACGCAAAGCUACGAAGUAGAGCUAGUACCAGUAAAUCAUAACAAUUUUCAAGAGGACUCUAUGAAAUCGGAGCCAAUGGGAAUGGUCGCAAUAAAGCAAGAGUGUGAUAUCGUCAAUGAAGAACUUUCGUCAGAUAAAAUCUUUCAAAUACCCAAAGAGAUUAUUGAGGAAAUUUCCACAGAAAUAAGUCCAUCAAAUACUUGCGAAGUAGAAACAAUUCCAAACGUAUCGACAAAAAUAGUCGCGCAGGAAGUUGCAACGGAAUCAACAGCCCCGCGAGAAAUUCUUCAAAAUAUUCUCUCGGAAUCACAGACACCGCAGGCCGAUGAACAAGCGUCAGAGUCAUUGACGUCUGCAAAUGUGACAGUCGUCAGUAUGGAACUCCCGCCGAAACCAAGCGUCGAAGAGGGCUUCACGGAAAUUAAAUCUCUAUUUAGUGAGGAUUCAGAUCUGGUGCCGUCCGUCAAUAUGGACACACCGCGCAAAACCGUAAUUGAAAAAUUGUUUAAUAAAUCAGAGCUACCGGGGAUAGUCGAAAUAGAACCAGUGCCAGCCACUAAUUCCGCAAAACUUCCAAAACCUAUCACCGAAAUGAUAUCCCUAGAGAAAAGCCUAACAUCGUCAACUGGAGUAGAGCCAGUGCCACUCGCUGAGGUGCGCAUACUGUCCGACCCAAACCUUCAUCAGCCUCCUGUGGAAAAAGAACUAUCGCCGACAGAUGAAGAGGCGCCAGUUCCAGCCAAUUCAGAUAUGCCGUCAGGUUCACUAAUUCCCUUGGAAUCCACACCAAUUCAAAAUAACGAAGGAGACACCGUAUCGGACGUUGAAGCGCACACAAAGUCAGAUAACAUAUUCCAAAAGACUCGCACACAACUGGAAUUACCUCAACCUAUCGAACCAACUCAAGACAAAAUUAUUCAAGAGAUCCUGAAGGAACCAAAGCCAGUGCCAGUCAUCAAUGACGACAUAUCUACAGAUAAAGUCCUUCAGGUUAAUUCGAAGAACUCAGAACCACACCACACCGUCGAAGAGGAUACAAUGUCCGAGAUUAGUGCAGAAAUAAAGUCAUCGAAAUCCACACAAAGUAAAUACAUGGAAACAGAACGUUCACGGACAGACGAUGAAAAACCGAGCCCAGUCGUCGAAGAAAAAUUACAGUCAGAUAAAAACCCCACUGAAAUGGAAGAGGAUUUAUAUAUCAGUGAAAAAAAAACACCUCAACCAAUAAUUCAUAAAAUUCUCACGGAGCCAAAACCAACCCUACCAGUGAAGCCAGUGUCUGACAUCAGUGCAGAAAUACUGACCAAAAAAAUUGCUCAGGAAGCGCUCUCAGUAUCAACACCUCCGCAGGUCAACGAAGGAGAAGCAAUGCCUGUAGUCGCUGCAGAAAUACUUGGAACCGCCGAACAGAUUGUUACGGAAUUGGAACCGUUGCAGAUCGAUGAAAAAGAGCCAGUACCACUGAUACAUGAAGACUUGCCGUUUGAUAAAAUUUCUCAAGAGAACUUCAUGAAAUCGAAGCCAAUGGAAACAGUUGAACUGAUUUCAGUGCGAGAGAUCAAUGAGGAAACACAGUCUGUCACCAAUCAAAUCAUUUCCAUGAGAUCAGAAUGUACACUGACAGACGAAGGACACGCGCCGCCAAUCGUCAUGGAAUCAAAUCUACCACAGACUGUUGAAGUAGAAGCAACGCCGAUCGUCCCUAUGGGCAAGUCGCCAAGAUCAAUCGUUCAAGAAGUUGGAACGGAGUCAACACCAUCUCAGACAGACAAAGUAGAGCCAGUUUCAGCCGCCGAUGCGGACUUAAAUUCAUACAAUAUACUUCAAAAUCUUCCAACGGAAUCAUUACCACCACCUAUCGACAAACAAAUGUCAAAGCUAUUCCCCAAUGCAGAAGUUGAGUCAGAAACACACCUGAAACCAAACACAAUGCUAUCCGCGGAAGUGGACACGGUGGCAGUCGUCCCUGCUGAAUUGCCGAUAGAAACAGGCGCUCAAGAGAUUCUCACGGAAAUGAAACCUGUACCUAGUGGCGAAGCAGAUCAAGUGCAAUUCUACAAUGUCAAAACACCACCAAAAACAAUAAUUCAAGAAACUUGUACUGAAUCAGAGCCGCCACGGAGAGAUGAUAUAGAGAAAGAGCCAGUCAAUAAUUUAGAAGUACCACCAAACCCGAUUGCUCAAGAGAUACUGAGCGAAGGAAAACUAUUCUAUGCCUCACUCCCUGAGUCGAGCAUACAGUCCGAACCAAGCAUUCAAGAGCUUCCUGCUCAACCCGAACUAUGGCAUACAAACGAAGUAGAGCCGCUUCCAGUAGUUAUUGAGGGAAUGCCAUCGAACACAAUUAUUCAAGAGAUAUCCGGGGAAUCCGAAACAUUGAAUAUUGAUGAAUUAGACUUAGGGAAAAUUAUCAAUUCAGACAUGGCGUCAGAUCCACUUGUUGAUUCAAAAUCUGCACCAAUGCAGAACAAUGAAGAAGAUACCGUAUCGGCCGUGGAUUUGCUUUCAAAUGCAGAUUCCAUGCGCCGAGCAAUUCGCUCGCAAGUGGAACUACCUCCACCUAUCAACCCAGCGCAAGAGUCUCUCGUCGAUGAGUGCGAACCCCCUAAGGAAAUUAUUCAAGAGAUCCCUAAAGAAUCAAAACCCUGUAAAGUCCUACAUCUGAAUUCUUCGAAAGCAGAAUCACACCAGACCCUCGAAAUGGGCACAGAGCCAGACAUCAGCGCAGAAAUAAAAUCAGAAAUAUCUACUCAAAAUAGUGCCAGGGAAACAGAACGUCCACAGACGUACGAUGAAGAACCAGACACAGUUGGCCCAGAGGAGUUAGAGUCCGAAAAAAGCCUUCAAAUUCCAGUCAAUGAAAUAAAGGAGUUUUUGGACAUAAUUGCAAAAAUGCCGCCUAAUGCAAUUAUUCACCAGAUUUCCACGGAAGAAAAGCCACCGCCCAUUAACGAAGUAAAACCAAUAUCGCUAGUUCACAAAGUUUCAAUGGAGUCUAAACCACCGCUGGCCGAUGAACGAGUAUCCGUUUCAGUUAACAAAGCGGAAGUAGCGUCAUCUCCAGACAUUCCAAAAAUUUCCCCGGAAUCAGAAAUAGCCUCUGCUGACGAAGUGGAGGUUCUGUCCGACAUCAGUAUAGAAAUAAUGUCUAAAACAAUUGCUCAAGAGGUUGCGUUGGCAUCAACACCGCAAAUCAAAGAAGUGGGCGCAGUGCUUAUCGACGCAGAAAACCCCCUAAACACAGUCCUGGAAGAAAUUUCUUCGGAAUCAGGACCGAUGAAGAUCGGUGAAGUUGAGCCAGUACCAGUUGUCGAUGAAAACGUCGAUGAACGCAUGGACACGGUUGAAGUGAAACCAGCUCAGGGGAUCAGUGAGGAAAUGACGUCAGAUAAAAUCUUUCAUAUUCCAACGCCUAAAAUAAAUUCGAUUUUGCAAAGCAACGCAGAAAUACCCCCAAUACAAAAUAUUGAAAAGACUCCCACGGAAUCAAAGCCACCACAACUCACCAAAGAAGAAACCACUCUGAUUAUCCUUACGGACGAAAUGCUAAAAUCAGUCAUUCAAGAGUUUCCAACAGAGUUAAAAGCCUCACAGGCCGACAAAGAAGAGUUAGUGCCAGCCAACAAACAAGAAACUCCUUUAUCUCCAGCCAUUCAUGAGAAUACCCCGGAAUCAGAAACAGUCCCUGCCGCCGAAGAGAAACCAUUGCCUGCCGUCAGUACAGACAUACUAUCAAAAACAAUUGCUCAAGAAGUUUCCAGUACUAGUGCUCCAGUUCCUGUCGUUGAAAUUAAGUCAGUGUCCGACGUCAGUAAAGAAAUACUGUCAGAAACAAUUAUUCAAGAAGUUGCCCCAGAAUUAAUACCGCCGUUGAUCAACGAAGUGGUAUCAAUGGCUGUUUUCGCUGAUGAAAUGUUGCCAAAUAAAUCCACAGAAAAGAUUUUAACGGAAUCAUUACAGUUGCGUAUUGACACAGUGGAACCCUUAGCACUAAUCUCUGACUCCAUGAAGUCGGAGCCGAUAGAGACGCUACCACAUACCGGAGAAAUAGAAACAGGGCCAGUCGUCCCUAUCGACGAAUCGCCCAAAGCAUUGGUUCGAGAAAUUACAAAGGAGUCAAAACCAUCACAGACCGGCAACGUAGAACCAGAGCAUUCACAGACAGACAUGCGCGCGGCAGAACAUCUCGCCAACGCAGAAGUUGAGACAGAAACACAGGCACAAGAGAUUGUGAUGAAAUCAAAAGCAGUGCUAACCACGCAAUCGGACACGGUGUCAGUGGUCACUGCCGAAUUAGCGAUAGAAACUGGUGGCCAAGAG